CCCCUCUCCGCCUCCCCCCUCUCCUCCCUCCCCGCUUUCCAGAUCCGAUCUUCCCGCCAUCCGCCUCGCCUUGCCGGACGCCGAACCACCAUGUCCGCCAAUCCCGCCGCUGUGGCCUCUCCGGGGCGCCCGGGCGCCGCUCCCGCUGCCGGGGCUGCCCCUGCGCGGCCCCCUCCGCCGGCCCUCCAGCCGCUGAUGCUGAAUCAGACCCUGCGUCAGUAUCAAAACCAGCAGUCAGCUACUCGCGCCGAGACAGACAACCUCCGGAGGCAGAUGUCCUCGUCAGUGCGGAAUUUCUCCGACCUCUCGGUCGAUCUCCUCAAUGAGCGCGUGAUGAUGGUUUUCGACUACCAACAGGCGAUCGAGCAGGAGGCCAACCAGCUGCAGCAGGCGAGCGCUCGCUUCGCCAAGCAGUCGGCCCAGUGGUUGAGUCUGGUGGAGAGCUUUAACACCGCCCUGAAGGAGCUGGGCGAUGUCAACACUUGGGCCCAGACCAUCGAGCACGACAUGACCGGUAUCGCUGCCGCGCUGGAGUAUGUCUACAAGGGCUCUAUCGAGAUCAUCUCCAACAACGAGACGCCGGCCGACGAGGACGCUGCGGUCGAGGAGACCCCUGCCGCGCCGGCUCCCGAGACGGCCUGAUUCACCGUAGAAGCAAGGCCACGGACGGCGAGCGGGAGGGGACAGCAGCGGAGAGCCCGUACACCCCCCCCCAUCCCCCCCGGCGCCUCGGCCCCAGCCUCGCCCCCCCCCCCCUCCCCUCCC